GAAAAUAGCUCAGUUUACGUGACCGGAAGUGACGGAGCGCGUAAAGGAUUGUGGGUAUCAAGGCUGUCAGUGUCCGUCCUUGUGCUGUUUCUUUAGCUGUAGGCUUUACUCAACAAAUAUAUCCAAAAUGUACAGGCAACUUAUGGGCCUUCGACAGCUUUCUGGGCGGACCAUCACCCCCAGUGCCCGCAGACAGAUUAGCAACACUGUGAAGGAACAGCAGAAACUGUUUCAGGAGGAUAACGGUAUGCCCGUCCAUCUGAAGGGCGGGUCAAAGGACGCUGUGCUCUACAGAGCCACAAUGACUCUCACUGUGUUUGGGAUUGGAUUUGUUGUUUAUGAGCUGUUGAGCGCUGCAAUGCCCAAGAAGUCACAGUGAAGCUGGAUUGCCGUGCUGGAUGUUAUCGUCAACAAUACUUGAAGCAACUACACAGAUGCCGUGUGCGGUUUCAUCAACUCUCUGUUGUGCAGAUUUGAUUACAAAUGAUAACCGUAUGACUCAUGUUUAAGGUCAGUAUUUACUGAUUGUACAAAUCAUGAACGGCAAAUAAUAAUAAAGACCGAUAUUAUUAAA